GCGCAAUUUGCAGUCUGUUUUUCAGGUGCAACUGCUCAGAUAUCGCGCAGUUGGCAAGGCAUAAAACUUCAUUGGGAAUAAGCAAACCUGCCAGAUGUCAACAGCGCAAGAUGAAGCUCUCACACGUAGUUCACAGAAUCAUGCGCAACCGCAGGGAAAACUAUCUGCUGUAGAUCUUACUUCACCGAUAUCACAAAUGGCACCGUUAACUAAUUGUCCGUUGUCACGGGCACCGAAUUUCCCGCCUGGAGGCUCGUCCCCUACGACCGUUGAGGAUCAAUCGUCUGCUAAGAUCCAAACAGUUUUUGGGACCCAGGAAAACUUUGAAAACCAACAGGCAGCCGGAGCCAAAUCAGUCGCUGGAACCCAACUAAACUCUACCACACCGACAGUUACCUCUGCUGCUGCAACUCAGCAAAUCGAUAGAGCUUUACCAGCCAGCGUGACCCCUACAGAUGAGACGACCACGGUAACCAAGCCAUCGCCUUCUGCGACGGCGCCAGCAUCGACCACAUCCGCCAAGCAACGACAAGAGCCGUUCGAAGUAUAUAUCGAUUAUCCAGCAUUGCAGAAGUGCGAAUCCGUUGAUAUCAAUAUUGAUAUUCGACAGUGGUCGCAUCCAACGGUCGUUGCUUCAGGCAAGGGCGACUUGCAGACAGGACUCAAUGGUAAGACUGUUCCAACUCUCUCAGGAGCAGGAACCCAAAAGCUACUUGCGCCGCAUCCUAAUGUCUCGAUACAAUAUCCAGCGCAAGGACGACCGAAGCAGCAGGCCGAGCUUCAGGGUCAGGUUGUAGUGCUGCAGCAGCAGCAGCAGCAGCAGCAACAGCAGCAGCAACAGCAGGGUCAGCAACUCAGCCCGACCACGUGUGAAGGAAAUGCGUUUCAAACCGAUUAUGUCAUACGACAUAAAGUUCACAUUCCGCGAGCUGUCGUUGUACGAAAACCAUGCGUUCACGAAAGGCCGCUUGUUCCAAUCGGUAGUUGCAUUUUCCUUGUACUCACCCUGAACGUGAUCUUUCUCAGUGUUCUGCUUUAUCGAUCGUGGGACGGUGGCUGGAUGCUUCUACCUCGAGGCUGGUCGGAUGCGAAGGGCACCGGCAGAUAGAUCAUUAGGAGCAUUCCCUAUAGUCACUUUAGAAAACUUCAAGCAAAGCAAAAAAGAGAUUAUUAAGAAUAUCAAUUACAUUCAGGAAAAAAAUGUCCCUUAUACAUUGCGGAUCAAGCAACAGGCUUGCCUUGCGGAAAACGCACCACAGCGGCAACCGAAAAGCUUCAACUGCAAAUAUUCACACUAAGUAUACAGUAAUAAAGAGGAACCCGAGUAUUGCGAUCAUUUCACUUAUGCAGCUAGACAAAUCUUCUGCUCUGUACUGCGUCAACCUUUAUCUUAAUACUAUUAAGAUAAAGGUAAGAUAAAAGUACGAGCAACUUUUCGAACUUGACCAAGAUCAACAGCUAACUUAAAACGGCAAAGCAAAGGUUCUCGAAAAAAGAACACAGGAUCACUGCAGGAUCCACUGUUACAAGUUCACCAAAGCUAUUUGUUACUGCUAUUGCACUCUACAGCACGUAACGGCACUCGUUAGAAGUUACUUUAUACGAUUGCAUACUUACUAGUGUUACUGUGGUGUCUUCAAGUGUCUAACUUGGCUAGGGUUUUUUUUAACACCGCAGAAUCUAGUAAGAAAACCUAGUAGUAGUGUACUUCUAGGCCAGAAGUUUAUCGAACGAUGGCUGAGUUUCUUUGAAAAAAAAAAAGGUGAACUUAUUUGCACGAUAAUACCAGUUUCUGUUUGAAAAAUUUUGCUACGGUGUUACAACAAACUACUACGAAGCUCGUUACGAUAUUUAAAACGAGAUAGAAAUACUGAAGGGAGA